UUCUCUUACCUCCAGGAGUUUUAGUUUUUUUUGGGAUUGUUUUUUUCCUAUUGGGAGGAAUUUAUAAUUGUUGGUGGGGAGUAAAGUGGUUUUCUGCACAGAUGUGAAGUUUUUUUUGUGUGUAUUUUCGCCAAAUGAACGCGCACGCCAUAUGAUAAAUUAGGCGCAUGUCCGUGCUCCUUACCUUGUGCCAUGACUUGUUCCAAAACAUCAUGCAUUGCGCAAAAAUUUGCACCUAAAUGUAAAAAUGCGCAGUUCCUAAAUAGGUUACCCCUGCACAUCAAAGAUGGAAAUUUGUUUUACUACAACACAAUGAGAAAUGGCAGCUAUCAGCAGACAGGAUUUACCGCUUAUGCCGCCAAUGCCCAGCAUUAACACUUUAGAUGCCGUGAUCAAUGUUGAUUGUGGUAACUAAAAGUGCAAAUUACUGGUUCCGAUGGUUUCAGAGGGCUGGUCGGGACCUCUGCUGGGUGAUCAAGGGGUCCCUAUCAGCUGCUAUGGCGACCAGAGGGCCCUCACCUGCCUUUAAGCCGUCAACCCCUAAUAAGUUUUCUAUGGGAUUCUGUGCGCUGUGCACACGGUGGAAUUUCCGUGCCAGAUGUUUCCAGCACAGAAAUUCCAUUUUCCGUGUCCGUACAAAGAACGAACAUGUUCAUUUUUUGUGCGGAGUCCGCAUGGGAUGCAUAGCAGUGUAUGAGACGGCGCAUUCCUGUGCGGUCGCCCCGAAGUGUCCGGAAUGUCUGCACAGAGAUUCUGUGUGCGGACAUUCCGUCGUGUGAACAUAGCAUACAGAGACUCAUCAGACCACCUGCGGUGUGCUCACAGGGGUCCCAUGAGUCAAGAUGGUGGCCAAAGCUCCGCGGCCGGCUCCAGCAAUCCUGUGCACUGCACUAAACAGUAUUGCCAAUCAAUUCCCCUAUGGAAACAAAAAAAAAACAUCUUAUCCCCUAUCCCAGGGAUACUCAACUGGUGGACCGCGGUCCGGAUCUGGAUAUGGAUCGCCCGCCGCUCUCCCCUCAUUUGUAUAGGUGUCUUUAAGACACCUAUACAAAUGAAUAGCUGCGGCAGGAGCUAGGGAUCGCUGUGUUCCUCGCCCGGCCUGUUCCCCGCCUGUGUUGCACUUGGUGUGAUUAGCGCUGCCUGCAUCAUCUGCUCUUGCCAGGCCUGACAAAAAGAGGCCAGAGCAGCGCAGGACCUGAUACGGGGAACCUACACUGUUAGAUGAGCAGUCAUUCCCCCACGUGUGACUCUCCAGUUUUUAUAGAACUACAACUCCCAUCAUCACCGUCUGUCUAUGCAUGAUGGGAGUUGUAGUUUUCAGCAGCUGAAGAGUCACAGUUUAUGUGGUGGCACCGUGACAUAAUUUAUUCUGGGGGAACAGUGACAUAAUUUAUCUGGGGGCACAGUGACAUCAUUCAUUGAGGGGGCACGGUGACAUUCAUUGAGGGGGCACGGUGGCAUCAUUCAUUGUUUUAUGGUACAAUUAGUCGGUACAUGGCACAGUGUUUGUUAAAAUUAUAUUUGGGGGCAUAUAGUGUGGCAGUAUUAUACCAGGGGCAUACCAAGUGGCAGUACUAUAGCAGGGGCAUUCCAAGUGGCAGAAAUAUACCAAAGGCACAGUGUGUGGCAGUAAUAUACCUGGAGCACAGUGUGUGGCUUUAAUAUAUUAGGGGCAUAGCAUGUGGCAGCACUAUACUAGGGGCAUAGCGUGUGGCAGUAAUAUACCAGGGGCACAGCGUGCGGCAGUAAUAUAUUUAGGGGCACGGUGUGCAGCAAUAUAUUCAGGGGUAUAGUAUGUGGCAGUAUAAUAUUCAGGGGGUACAGUGUGUGGCAGUAUUAUAUUCAGAGGGUAUAGUAUGUGGCAGUAUUAUAUUCAGGGGUACAGUGUGUGGCAGUAUUAUAUUCAGAGGGUACAAUAUGUGGCAGUAUCAUAUUCAGGAGUACAGUGUGUGGCAGUAUUAUAUUCAGAGGGUACAAUGUGUGGCAGUAUUAUAUUCAGGGGGUACAGUGUGUGGCAGUAUUAUAUUCAGGGGUACAGUGUGUGGCAGUAUUAUAUUCAGAGAGCACAGUGUGUGGCAGGAUUAUAUUCAGAGGUACAGCAUGUGGCAGUAUUAUAUGCAGGGGUACAGUGUGUGGCAGUAUUAUAUUCAGGGGUACAGUGUGUGGCAGUAUUAUAUUCAGGGGCACAGUGUGUGGCAGUAUUAUAUUCAGGGGUACAUUGUGUGGCAGUAUUCUGGGGUACAGUGUGUGGCAGUAUUAUAUUCAGGGGUACAGUGUGUGGCAGUAUUAUAUUCAGAGGUACAGCGUGUGGCAGUAUUCAGGGGUACAGUGUGUCGCAGUAUUAUAUUCAGAGGGUACAGUGUGUGGCAGUAUUCAGGGGUACAGUGUGUGGCAGUAUUAUAUGCAGGGGCACAGUGUGGCAGUAUUCAGGGGUACAGUGUGUGGCAGUAUUCAGGGGUACAGUGUGUGGCAGUAAUAUAUUCAGAGGAUACAGUGUGUGGCAGUAUUAUAUUCAGGGGCACAGUGUGUGGCAGUAUCAGAGGAUACAGUGUGUGGCAGUAUUAUAUUCAGGGGCACAGUGUGUGGCAGUAAUAUAUUCAGAGGGUACAGUGUGUGGCAGUAUUAUAUUCAGGGGUACAGCAUGUGUCAGUAUUAUAUUCAGGGACAUACAUUGUGGCAGUAUUUUAUUCAUGGGUACAGUCUCUGGCAGUAUUCAGAAAAUACAGGAAACAGUACAUUUACAUCCUCCGGACUUCAGUCGUUUUACCUAUUUCCUUCAUGGCACUGCGGCCACUAGGUGUGAACCAGGCCUUAGCGCUUUGCGUAGACCUUUACCAGUGGCAGACCUGCAUAAGCGGACCCUCACUAAGAAUAAUUGAGUACCCCUGCCCUAGCCAAAGGAUAGGGGACAAGAUGUCUGAUAGUGCGUGUCCUGCUGUUGGGACCCCCCAGCGAUCUCCCAUGGCACCUUGCAUUCUAAACCAGCACCGGGUUCCUGCGGCAGUGGUCAUGACGUCACACCCACGCCACACCCCUCCAUUCAUGUCUAUAGGAGGGGGCUGACAUUAAUGGAGUUGGCGUUACGUGACAUCACGAGGGGUGUGCCCAUGAUGUCACGAUCACGGCCUCUAUCUCCGAGUGCUCUGUACAAAGUGUUCAGAACGCUGGAGCAACGGAGUACCCCUUUAAGAUUUUUAUAUAGAAGUAAUUUACAAAUCUGUAAGAACUUUCUGGCACCAGUUAAUUUGAAAAAAAUAGUUUUCCAGCGGAGUACCCGUUUAAACAAGCCACAAAUUAAUUCCAUGUCGAGGCAACCUUUUCACUCUGGCUAGAGACCGCGAAAGCUGUGGUAAAAAGGUGCCAUCAUUUUUAAGGCCGUGCAACUUUAUAGUAAAUUUGGCGCAAGUUAGCAAAAGAAAAAACUAAAACUAAAAUUAUGUCAGGGAAAAUGGUAUCCUACAGCCAACGCUGAUAAAUGGCCCCCAGUGAGUGCAAGGAAUCAGAGCUUCUGUUUCUAGCCUCAGGGUCUCAUUCUUCCCCCUUAGGGUACAUUCACACUACGGAAUUCCGCGGUGUGAACUUAAAGGGGUACUCCGCUGCUCAGCGUUUGUAACAAACUGUUCCGAACGCUGAAGCCGGGAGCUCGUGAACUCAUAGCCCUUCCCCCUCAUGAUGUCACGCCCCGCCCCCUCAAUGCAAGUCUAUGGGAGGGGGCGUGACGGCUGAUGACAUCAUGAGCUCCCGAUGCCAGCUCCAGCGUUCGGAACAGUUUGUUCCAAACGCUGAGCAGCAGCUGAGUACCCCUUUAACAUUAGUGUGAAUGGGUCUCCACGAGACCCGUUCACACUGAGGAAUUUCAACAUGUUCAUUCUUUGCGCGGAUUCCACGAGCACUGCACAGCUGUCAAUGGUGACGGCUCCGUGCCCCGCGGCUGUAGCGCCAAAGUAUUUUCGGCGGCGGCCGCCAGAUAGAAUCUCCGCUUACUGAAUUCAGCGAGCGGAGAUUCCGCAGUGUGACCAUACCCUUACACCCUCCUACUGUAGUACGGAAGGUGCUGUGUCCCCCCUCGUCUGUCUCGGUCCAAUAUUUAUGUAUAUAUUGACCUGUUUAUCGAAUAUUUUAUGUGUCCGUCCUGUAUAAGGCGACGACCAAUAUCCAUAUCCACCUUAACAGUAACAGUAACAUAACACCUGGAAUUAUCAUACAUCAUAUAAAACAUCUCAGCCGUAUGUUGGAAGAGACUACACCGACUUUUCUGUCAGUUGACCACUAGUGAUGAGCGGCAGGGGCCAUAUUCGAAUUUGCGAUAUUUCGCGAAUAUAUUGACAAUUAUUCGUCUUAUGUUUGCGAAAUUCGCAUAUUCGCUAUGUAUGUUCACUUUUUUGGGAAUUUCAUGGAAAAUUUGCAUGUGAAAAAAAAACACAAAAAAAGAAGACUCGUCAUUACGAAUAUAUAGCACUAUAUUCUAAAUAUUCGCGAAAUCCCGAAGUGUCGAUAUUCGCGAUAAAAAUUUGCAUUACGAAUAACUGUGCUCAACACUAUUGACCAGUUUCCCAUAGCAACCAAUCAGAUCGCUUCUUUCAUUUUAC